GUGCGCACGAAAUCGCACUCAUCAGGUAGUUUCCUGUGGGCGUAGAGUGGUCGUGUCCAAGAUGGCGACUGUUUGGGUGAUUUUUGCAGUGACUCUGUUCUUCACCCAGACCUCAAUAUCUUCCUCUCAAAGUGCUCAGUGUCUUCAAAACUGCCACAGGGACAAUCUUACAAGUCUUAGGAAGGUUGACUGCGAUGCCUGGUGUCACAGUAGAGAACGGAGAGACCUGAAAGUCAUAGAUUGUGUGUCCUUACUGGUGGGAAACCUGGUGGAGACGGAGAGUGCCGAGAUCGGCAGGCCAGAGGAGCUGCAGGUCACACACAAGUCACUAGAGGGCGAGCAGACUGACGGGGUCAGGAUUAGCUGGAAACCAAGCAAUCUAGGCCUAGCGUACCUGCAGGGUUUCCAACUUACUCUGCAGGGUGGUCGGGGGGACUUCAGCCGCAGCAGGUGUGUGCAGCUGCACCUGACUCAGGACAACCUCACCUCGCAGCAGAAACUGAUGGAAGAGUAUCACUAUGAUGGAUUCCAGAACCUCGUUUUGGAAGCUGAGUACCUGGUAGCAGUGCAGCCACUCCCUCUACCUAAAGUUUCAGAACUGCAGCAAGACAGAGUGUCUACAUUUACCUUCCAUGCUAGAGAAUGUGACUACCUGUUGAACAAGUCUCUUCAAGAGUGCAUGGAAGAAUGGCUGCCUCAGACAGUCAAGGUCAACUCCAGCUACUCCUCGGCUAAGGUGACCUUUGACCUGGCGCCCGAGCGGUACAAGUUCGGCAGUUACUUCGUGCACUUUGGACGGCCGCCCCACAACUAUCUGGAGGUGGAUACCUGGGAACCAGAGAACACCACUUCGUAUAUUGUACAGCAGCCUUUUGAUGCAAACGCCACCUCCCUGACGUACGAUCUGGAGAAUCUGGACCCCAGCGCGCCCUACACAGUACAGAUCUCCUCUAACCAGCAGGGAGCUCCCAGGUCCACUCCUGUGGUCUUCUCUGUGCAGCACAAACCUGACCCACGUGGACCCACCCUGUCCACACCAGUGAUCGUAGCCAUGGCCUGCCUGGGUGUCCUGGGUCUGUGGGCCUUUGCUGGACUUGCUGCUGUACUGAUCUACAGAAGAUACAGAAGGAGAAAGAAUGAAUACAGGGAGUUUGAGGAUGAGGAGGAUGGACCGGGGGAGUCCAUGAGUCUGGGAGGGGAGGGGGGACAGCAGCAAGGAGGGGUCAGGACUGGACAGAGGAACAAUGGAGAGAAGAGCAAGGAUCUGCUCUCACCAGAUUACGACUGCCCCAAAGUGCUGAUCCUGUACUCGCCAGCAGACUGUGAUGCCCACACCAACACUGUCAACCAGUUUGCAUCCUUCCUACACGAGUCAUGCCGGUGCCAUGUGUUCCUGGACUCCUGGUACGUGGGUGAGGGGGAUCUGCACGUCCAGGCAGAGUGGACCAUCAAGCACCUGACAGACUGUGACUACGUCAUCGUGGUCUGCUCCACAGGGCUCAAGUAUCAUCUACAGAGACAAAGACAUAACAGCUCCAGCACCACAGCAGUGGAUCCCCAGCCCAACGAGAUGUUCCUAUACGCGGUCAACAUGGCCGCAGAGAGGCUCCGCCACGACCGAGCCGUCGCGAACGGGCGUCCCUGCCGCUUCGUCACGGCUUAUUUCGAGUACACGUACGAGAGCGACAUCCCCGGGAGCUUGGAGCUGGCGCCGAAGUUCAAGGUCAUGUCGGAGUUCCACCUGCUGUUCUGUCACCUGCACGGGCUGGAGGUCAACUGUCGCAAGUACAGCAGGCUCAUCAAGGACCUGGAACAGGAGGGGCACCUACAGACAGAGACAGGACAGUCCCUCGACUCUGCCAUCAAAGCCACCAGGAAGUACUUCACCGACAACCCUGAUUGGUUCGCCCAGAAGUGUGCCGAGAGUGCACAGAGGUCGGCAGGUCAGGGGUCAACACCUCCAGGUCAAAGGUUAGAGAGCACAGUACAAGGCGAGACGCCAGCAGGAGAAGGCAGCAGCCCACAGACAACGGUUGAUAUUCACAGCCCCGAAAUCCACAGAAACGGGAGCCACAAAAAAGUGGCGAACGUCCCGAAAGAUGCCACGGAUGGAAACCCUGUCGUCAUGGAGAUGCAGCCGUACCCAUCUCAGCAUCCUCCCAAGAAGAAGACAGAUGCAGAGCUGAUAGAGGAGGAGGAGGACCAGGCGCUGGUGGACUCUGAGCUGAACCUGGACGGCAUCGCCCGCCCGGCGCAGCGCUGGCACACCAAGCUCGCUCCCUCCUACCUCCACAUGAACCCAGAUGACUCCCACAUGUUCCCACUGUCGGUAGCCACGCUCCCCGCCCCCGUGCCUCUACUCAAGACCCACCCCGCAAGAACGGCGAGCCUACCCCCUAACUAUCGGCUCCUGGGGGCAUCGCCUGGCCUGAUGUCCGUAGAGCUGAAGCCCAUAGCCGACGCCAAGAGGCUGGGAGACAACAGCUUCCUGUUCAGGCUGGACUCGGGGGUGGAUCUGACGUACCACUCGGGGUCGAGCGGGGACGAAGCAAACACGCCCACCGACACCACAUGUUGAUCGGUAGACCAGGCCACUACAGUUGAGUUUCUCGGUUGUCAAAGUUAAAGAGUGCUGUAUUUAUUUUCACUGACCUCUGUACCAUGUCAUCAUGACAUGGCAAGGAUGUCUAUCUCCUAUGACUGUUGUACGAGAAGUUGUUUCAACCUCAAGUUUAAAACAGUGGAAACCCCUCUCUCUAAAACCAUCAAAUGAGGUCGCCUUGAGGGUAAUUUAAAGAAUUUACGAGAAAGGCUUCAUUGAAAGAUUGAGAGAGUGAUUGAAAGUUUGCACCCUGGUGCGACCCAAGGUGUGAAUAUUGUCAUGUUCCUCCCAGCAGUCUGUGUUCAUCUUUUUUUCUUGCUGAAUUUUUACUUUUAAGCUCUCAGAACCAAGAAAAUUAAUUGUUUUGUCAAAAGCACCACAGAUGUGUCUUACUGGGGGUGUAUUUAUUGGUUAUGGGGUAGCAGAGAAAAGUUGAAAUAUCUAAUCGAACAAACAAACAAACUGCUUUAGAAUAUGUUGGACGGUCAAAAAUUUGAGUUGGAAAUUAUGUUCAAAUUUGUUUCAGGAUGAUUUUUACCAACACAGAUGAACCUUUUCUUUAUUGGUUCAGGAAUUCACAGUUACGAACUGAAAAAUACCUCUUAUUAUGGCAAACAUUUACCACUUGGUUGUUUCAAUUUGUACAAAAUGUCUUGGCAUUUUCAUUAUUCUGGCUAGUAAUCAAUAAUGUUUCAAUGAUCAGCAAAUAUGGAAAUCAAUGAUUGUGUGACAUACCAGCAUGUAUAAAUAUGCCUUGUUAAGCUUUGGAAAAUUUAUCAAUCUGCUUCUAUGAAGCUAAAAUGCUGCAGGUACAAGUAUUGCUUUUCGAUAAUCCUGGGAUAUAUCAUUAAAUCAUGGUGAAAAGUGCUGCAAUUUCCCUGGCACAUAUUUGUACACUUGUAUAUCCAAAUUAAAGAUUGAUAAUUUUUAUGUGUAUUAUUAUUAUUAUUAAGAGAAAACAGCUCAAAAACAUUCUGUAAGGGCUGUGGAAACAGAAAUAUAAAUUUACAAAUUGAGAACAAUCCAUU